UUGUUAAUCUCAUUAAUAGAUAACUUGAUGCGUUCGUGUUGUAUGGGAAGGGUCAAAGUUCAUUGCCCCAUAUAACUAUCUCACAUAUGUAUAAUCUGGCUGUGCUUGAAUUCGCCACGAAUUCAUUAGUAAAGACGCGUUGGUCAUUGCAUCGAGAUUCCUUAUAACUUUUUAUAAUGCUGUUAGUUGCUGAUUGUCGCUUGCUGUGGUAACUCGUAUAAACAGUAAGUUCACCUACUUUGCGACUGAGCAAGUUAUUUACUUAAUUUUGAUAAAUACCGAAUGUAAUAUUUAGUUUUAUAAGAACAUGAAAUGGGUAAAUUAUAGAACAAGAGUAAGAAAGAAAUUGUGAAAUGCGGAACUAUUAGAAAGAACGACUUAUAAGUACUGGUCGAUUAUAAUGAGCGCUCGUGAUUGCACGUAUUCAUCCGCGUUCCUGUGAGUGAAUACCUCCACUCGUGCCUCAAAUUGAGUGCCGUUCACCUUCUCUCAUAUUUCUGAAAGCAGUUCGACACAUUUCUUCGGCAAACAUCAGGUUCUCGAGGAAACACAGAUAACAUUUUCCUCUGCGUUCGACCGGAUAUAGAAGAGCAAGUAUGCGCGUCGCGAUAAUAGGAGCAGGUGCAGCUGGGCUUGCAGCGCUCAGACACUGUGCAGCCAAUUCUGUAUCCGAUGAGAAAAAUAAACAGUCGAUGACAGUUGUCUGUUACGAAAAAACUAAUGAAAUAGGAGGCACCUGGGUUUACACGGAAGCCCAUGGUUUCGACUCCUACGGACUUCCGAUUCAUUCGAGCAUGUACAAAAGUCUUAGAACAAAUUUGCCGAAAGAAGUGAUGGGUUUCCCGGAUUAUCCUAUUCCCGAGGGACCAAAAAGUUACUUAACGCGCACAGAAAUUCUCAAUUUCCUUAAUUCAUACUGCGAUCGCUUUCAACUUCGUCAACAUAUUCGGUUUCUCCACAAUGUGAUACUGGUUAAGCCUACAGAAUCCGAACCCAAGACCUGGCAGGUUCAAGUGAAGGAUCUGAAAAAAAGCGAAAUAGUCACCGAGAUAUUCGAUGCAGUUAUGGUUUGCAAUGGGCAUUAUUUCGAACCCAGUGUACCCGAAAUUAAGGGUAUUCUCAUUUUCCGUGGUCGACAAUCCCAUAGCCAUGAUUACAGAGUUCCCGAGGCAUUCGCCGGGAAAACCGUCCUUGUAAUCGGGGCUGGUCCUUCUGGUAUGGAUUUGGCACUGGAAAUAUCGUCUCAAGCAAAACAUGUAAUCUUAAGCCACCACUUCAAAGAAACGAUACAGACGGUAUUUCCGAAUAAUGUUGUGCAGAAACCAGAAGUCGUUGAGCUAAAGGAACACGAAGCGAUAUUCAAGGACGGUUCCUCGGCUGCGAUCGACGAGGUCUUCUACUGUACUGGAUACAAGUAUUACUUUCCAUUUCUGGACGAGAGCUGUGGAGUACAAGUAGAUUCUAACAUGGUUACUCCAUUGUGGAAGCAUUUAGUCUCUAUACAAAAUCCUACUCUUGCCUUUGUUGGACUUCCAUUCUAUGUUUGUGCCUUCAGUAUGUUUGAUUUGCAGGUUCGUUUUGUAUUACGAUUCUGGAGGGGUGAGAAGCAGUUUCCCUCGAAAGACAUAAUGCUGGCUGAGGAAGCUUCCGAAAAGAGUAGAAAGGAGCAGCAAGGAUUAUCCAAACGUCAUUUCCACAUGAUGGGUCCAGCCCAAGGGGAUUAUUACGAUAAUUUAGCCGACACGGCAGGAAUUACUCCUUUACCUCCAGUCCUAACUAAGCUCCACAACGAUAGUAGUACGCGUUUCCUUGAUGAUCUAUCGCAUUAUCGAGAAGACCGGUACCGAAUUGUGGAUGAUAAUAAUUUUAUUAAACUCUGAACUUCCGCAAAUGACUCUUCGAUU